AUGUGCCCGAGAGAUCCAGCUCAAGCGAGUGGCAAUCGUCCUCGUCCAGUCGAUAUCGACGGACCAGCAGCAGGACAAUAUGUGGAAUUCCCACAGCUCCCAGAUGAUGCUUCCCGUGACGGACAGCCCAUCUUGAACAAGUAUUCGACAUUCAUUACCCGAGAACAUGACUAUCCAGGAGCACAAGCGAUGCUUUACGCAGCUGGAGUCCCUAAUAAGGAAGCCAUGAAGAACAGCCCUCACGUCGGCAUAGCUAGUGUCUGUACACACCUUCUUGAUCUAGGCAAGGCCGUCAAGGCCGCAGUGGCUAAGGAGGGCUAUCUUGCUUGGCAGUACAACACUAUUGGAGUGUCGGAUGGUAUUACUCAAGGAAACGAAGGGAUGCGAUUCUCGCUUCAGUCACGAGAAAUCAUUGCCGAUAGCAUCGAAACCGUCACUUGCGCUCAACGCCACGACGCCUGCAUUGCUAUCCCAGGCUGUGACAAAAACAUGCCUGGGUGCGUGAUGGCGCUUGCUAGGCACAACCGGCCGUCAGUCGUCAUGUAUGGUGGCACCCAGGCGGGUGGAUACAGUAAAGUGUUGCGAAAGCCCAUCAACAUCAACACUUGCUACGAAGCGCAAGGUGCUUAUCUUUUCGGGACGCUGAAAGACUGGGCAGACAAAGGCUCAUCUGCUACACCUGAUGAUAUCAUGUCAGACAUCGAAAGAAACGCCGUUCCAGGUCCAGGUGCAUGUGGCGGCAUGUACACCGCAAACACUCUGGCAGUAAUCAUCGAAACACUCGGGCUAUCGCUUCCCGGGUCCUCCAGCAACCCUGCAUCUUCUCCCGCCAAAAUGAAAGAAUGUGCCGCUGUAGCGUCAGCGAUUAAAACCUGCAUGGAGAAGUCCAUCAAGCCGCGCGACCUCUUGACAAGGGAGUCAUUCGAGAACGCCUUGGUCGUGACCAUGGCAGUCGGCGGCUCCACGAACAGCGUUCUUCACAGCCUCGCAAUGGCGAGAACAGCCAACGUUCUCUUGACCCUGGACGAUUUCCAGCGCGUCUCGAACAAGAUUCCUUUCAUUGCGAAUCUCGCGCCGAGUGGGAAGUAUACGAUGGAAGAUUUGUAUGAUAUCGGCGGCACGCCUUCGGUUCUCAAGCUGCUGAUCGCUGGUGGGCUGAUCGAUGGGAGCCUGCCCACGGUGACGGGGAAGACGCUCGCAGAGAACGUUCAGGCUUGGCCGUCGUUGCCACCGGGGCAAGAAAUCAUCCGAUCCCUCGACAACCCCAUCAAGCCGAGCGGCCACCUCGAGAUCUUAAGGGGAAACAUCGCGCCCGGCGGUGCAGUGGCCAAGAUCACCGGCAAGGAAGGCGUCCGCUUCACGGGCAAAGCACGGGUGUUCAAUAAGGAAAGUGAGCUGAGCGCUGCUCUGGCCAAAGGGAAAAUCACCCGCGACGAGAAUCUCGUUCUCGUCGUCCGGUACGAGGGGCCCAGAGGGGGGCCGGGGAUGCCAGAACAACUCAAAGCAUCGGCCGCCCUGAUGGGCGCCAGAUUGACGAACGUCGCGCUCAUCACUGAUGGACGAUAUUCGGGUGCAAGUCACGGGUUCAUCGUUGGCCAUAUUGUACCCGAAGCGGCGGUUGGCGGGCCAAUUGCGGUUAUCCAGGACGACGAUAUCAUUCAUAUUGAUGCCGAGACGAACGAACUAAAGAUGCCGUACGUGAGUGACGAGGAGAUUGCAGAGAGGCUGCAGGCCUGGAAAUCACCAAAAGCAACUGUUACUCGGGGGGUUCUGGCAAAGUAUGCAAGACUGGUCGGAAAUGCUUCCGAGGGGGCGAUGACGGAUCUUUGGUAG